AUGCAUAAAAUUUUAAACGAACUUAACGAUGAAGGUAUUGAACUUAUUUGGUCAUCAAGUUUUGAUGCAACUUUGAGACUUGCUGUAAUAAUGGCAGUUGAAGAAGACAGUGCAAACUUUUUAUCAUCAAUGUUGAUAGAAUUUGAACAAAACGGUAUAAAUAUAAAAUACGUUGAAAUACGUCCAGAACUUCAACAAACUGGAUUCUAUGUUAAUAAAAAUGUUACAAGCAGUUCAAAAGUAAAAUUUGAUAUCAUCGCUAACUGUGAGUGCAAGAAGGAUGCAUUUUUACGAGCUGCAAAAAAUCUAACAACAAACUAUACUGUGAAGCAAUUAAGCGUUUAUAAAACUAGCGAUCAGUGGUUGGAACGAAUUCCAUGGUUUCCUCGGCAUAUUUCUGAACUAGAUAAGUGUUAUCACUGCAGUGUUAAGUAUGAGCCAGCAACUGAUCCACGACAUCCGGGAUAUGGUGAUGAAGUAUAUAUUCAGCGAAGAAGACAAUUAAAUGCUAUAGCUGGAACUUACAAUGGUGAAUGCUUACCAGUCAUUGAAUAUAGUGAAGAAGAACAUAAAACUUGGGAGACUGUUUUUACUCAACUGAAAUCGCUACAUUCUACUCAUACAUGUUUUGAGUACCAACAAAAUUUUCAUCAAAUGGAACAAGAAGGACUUUUUGAUUCAAAACGUAUACCAAAAUUAGCAGAUGUUGACCGAUAUCUUCAACGUAAAACUGGAUUUAUGCUACGGCCAUGUUGUGGACUAUUAACUGCUCGAGAUUUCUUAGCUAGUUUAGCAUUUCGCGUAUUUCAAACGACAAUUUACAUUCGUCACCACCGCUCACCUCAUCAUUCACCAGAACCUGAUUUAAUUCAUGAAUUUUUGGGGCACUGUCCUAUGUUUGCAGAUCCAUUCAUUGCGCGAUUCUCACAACAAAUUGGAUUGCUAUCAUUAGGAGCAAGUGAUGAACAAAUUGAACAACUUGCUACAGUAUAUUGGUUUAUAAUUGAAUUUGGAUUGUGCAAAGAGAAUGGCAAAUUAAAAGCAAUUGGCGCUGGCUUACUUUCUUCUUAUGGUGAACUUAUGCAUGCUUGCUCCGAUAAACCGCAUCAUGAAGAAUUUGAUCCACAACGGACAGCACUACAAAAAUAUGAAGAUUCUGAUUACCAACCGCUUUACUUCGUUGCAAAUUCUAUCUCUGAUGCAAUGACUAAAUUACGGGUUUUUGCACAAGAAUUUCCACGUUCGUUUUCGGUAGUAUAUGAACCAUACACCAAAUCAAUUGAAGUGAUCAAAGAAACAAAUGAUCUCAAAAAUGGAUUGAAUCGUAUCAAGCAAGAAUUAUCAUCGUUUACUGAAGCUAUCAAAGUACUAAGUUAGAU